AUGAUCAAUAAAGCAUUGAGAACUGAAGAUCUUGAUCAAUUACAAACAUUUCGAUUCUUCAUUGGUGAUCUUUCACAAAGUUUAUCUUAUGAACAUCAAAAGAUUUUUUCAUCUGAUGAAACCAUCUUAACUGUUUAUCGAGGAACGAAAUUAGAUGAAGAGGAAUUUGAAAAACUCAAAGAAAAUCAAGGAAAAAUCAUUACAACGAAUGGAUAUUUAUCAACUAGUCGACUUCGACAACCAGCUAUCAACUUUCUAAUGAAACCAACUAAAAGAGUUGGUGUUAUUAGUGUACUUUUUCAGAUUCAAUGUGAUAUUCAACACAUUGGUAACAACGUCAUCUAUUCUGAUAUUGCUCAAUUUAGUAAUUAUCCUGACGAGAAAGAAGUCCUUUUUGAUCUCAAUGCAGCAUUUCGAUUAGAUUCCAUCGAAAAACAAGGAUCAAUACAAGUAAUCAAUAUGUCUUUAUCAAAUGAAGGAGAAAAAAUCACAAAAGAUUAUAUUGAUUUAACACAAAAAGAAACAGAAGAAAAAAGUGUUGCCAUUGUAUUUGGACGAUUGAUGUGUAAUCUAGGUCAAUAUGAUCAAUCACAAAAAUAUUUCGAAGAACUAUUACAGAAGCCUGAUGGAGAAGAUAUCGCUUGGAUUGAAUUCAAUAUUGGUCAAGCUCUUGAUUAUAAAGGUCAAUGGGACCAAGCUAAAAUAUAUUAUGAUCGAGCAUAUCAACGAAUGACCAGGGCAACACCAAUACGAAUUAAAGAUUCAGCUCAGGUUAUGAAUAAUAUUGGUGGUAUUUUCUAUCGACAAGGAAAGUACGAUGAAGCUCUCGAUUUUCAUCAACGAGCACUAAAAAUUCGGGAAGAAUUCUGUCCAUCUGACCAUGCUGCAGUUGCUCAAAGCCUUAACUACAUCGGUCUUCUUUUUUGA